AUGGCUGCGUAUCUCAACCUUUGUUUCGGAUACGACAAAAAUGAUAUGGUCAUAUUGACCGACGACCAGCGACGAGAGAUUUCUCAACCGACAAAGAUUAAUAUACUUAAGGCAAUAGCCUGGUUGGUCAAGGAUGUUAGACCUGGAGAUUCUUUAAUCCUUUAUUACAGCGGUCACGGUCGGUGCCCGGCCCUCGAUGAAAAUGAGGAUAUCUGUCCCUUGGAUUUCAAUACUGCUGGUUUUAUUACCCGGGAUGAACGCCAGCAAAUUUUGAUGAGGUCGCUACUCCCGGGAGUCAGUCUCUCAAUCAUUCUUGACACGUACCAUCCGGAAAAUUACUUUGCGUCCGCUGCCUAUUCGAGCGCUUGA